AUGUUGGAGUGGUUGGCGCAAUCUGGAGGCACUCGGCUGAUCUGUCUUAUCAUUGUCCCAUGGUUCCUCCUGGGACACCAGGUCCAAGGGGGCCCGGACCCCCCGGAAUUGACUACUCUUGAAGCCGUACCUGAUCGUGGCGUAAAAAAAUUCGGAGAUGAGUGCAAAGAAGACCGAGAGUGUGGGUUCGACGGGUCAUUUUGUGACCCGAGAAGUAAAAAAUGCUACUGCCGAGAAGAAUAUCCUGUGACGAAUCAUAUAGACAAAUGUGGAAUUCCUGCAAAUGUGAACGAGUCGUGCUUUUUUACCGAACAAUGCGAGGAAAAGGUAUCGCAGACAGAAUGCCGAGAUGGACGUUGCAUCUGCAUAUUCGAGAAAAUUCCAGUUCUCCAACCGGGAGGAGUUUUCGAGUGUAUCGCGGAGGUGAAGGAAGAAGAAAACUUGCGCUACACGGAUCCAGCGAUGAUAGGAAUUCUGGUGGCGAUGGCUCUCAUGUUCAUAAUAAUCUGUGUGGUCCUAAGACUCUUCAGCAAAGCUCGCUGGCGUGAAAACCGUACAAUAUUCAACACUCCGAACGCUCGUCUGAUGAACGUCUCACUGCUUCGUGACAACAACAAGCUACUUCAUGCUCAGGAGCGACGCGGGUCGAGAGCGAGUCAACGAGGACCCUCGAGGCAACCUUCCAUGGCAUCUCUGAGGGCCCACUCACCCAAUGGCUCGCAGCAAGGGUCACGCAGGGGAAGCCGCGGAAGCAGCGGGAACGCCUCAUCAAUAUCAACAGCGAUAAGGGUCAACAAAUCGCCACCCCAUCAUCCCAACACCCUGAACGAUCCAGUAAUCGAGAGCGUCACCGUUGAGAUCACCGAGGCCAGGGCGUAG